ACUACUGCUUAAUGGUGAAUAAACAAUUGGUUGCCGUGGAAACAAGCAGGCCAACAGCCGCGGAAGUCAGCUGCAUAAUACGUAACGCAAAUCAAGCAGCUUCCCUGUCGGCUUCUGGCUUGAUUGCGUUGUAUAUAUUACUAAAUAUAUACAUACAGUAUAACUAAUAUACCGAUUUUGUUUAAACCUGAGAAUAUUUGUGAAUAUUAAUGUUAUACUUCACUUUAGUUUCUGAGUGAAAAAUCCUCGAAUGCGUUUGGUCUCUCAGAGCGUUCCAGUCAACUUCAGUAAAUUACAAACGUAGUCCAAAGUUUUCAGGGUUUCAGAAGCCGUGUAAUUUAGUGGCAGUAUCAAAUGUCGCGUGCAGUUUAUCAGCGGAGUUCAACUCAAGUUAAAAGACAGAUCGGUACAAAGAAUACGCAGCGUCGAAGCAGUGAUAAGGCCGUGGGGACUGCUGAGGAGUAUGGGAGGCAGAACCGCGACCAAAAACAGGACCGAACUGACCGGCGACAUGCCCGUCUUGAAGAGAUGGCUCCACGGAUGUCGGAAGCGAAAGACAAUCGCAGGAAGGAUGCAUUUACAGUUACCCAGUCAAAUCAACUAAAAAGAAACCCAAUUAAAAAAAAUACCACAUUGGAAACUAAAGCUCAGGCUAACCCCAGAAGUGAAUCUACACAUUAUGUCUCCAUUAUGCCAAGCAGAGUUGGUGGUAAUUUAACAAUACAGGAAGUUAGAAAAAAACAGCAGGAUAGUAUGAACUUAGCUCAGGGUUGCAGCAAGGUUGACCCUAUCCUUACAUCAUCAGAAAAGUACUCACAUUGAUUUGUAAUGGGCUAAUGCAAAGUUACUGGUUGACUUAACAUGCACAUCUUUGGGAUGCAGGAAGAAACUGGUGUCCUAGAGAAACCUAUGCGAACAUUGGGACAAACUGCAAACUUUGCAUAGAUGGCAAUAAAUAAUAAAAAUUGAUGUUACCAUAUUGAAAUUAUUUUAUAUAACAAAACAGUCAUAAUUUGUAUGUGAACCACGACUCGUAACACUAGUGUUACUAUUCUAAAUGACCAAAGGGAGAAGAUUUUUUUUUCCAAUGUGUUGUUUGUGUUUCUGUUCUUUCCUUUCACAAAUUAUGAUAGUAAAUUCUUAAAUUCAGAUGUUCAACAUAUCUUGGUACAAUUUUACUUCCUUCUAAAUAUUCUCUGUAUGUUUGUUUUAUAUCCACUUAAUUAUUUUAAUUGGUUACAUAUAACCCUGUUGAUGAAUUUACGGUGUCACGGUUCUAGCAUAAGUUUUUAGUGUGUGUUUGAAGCGAGAAUAAAAAUGCUAGCCAAAGUGAUUAAGAGCCACAUAAUAUAAUAAAUGGAUGUGUUUGUGUUUAUAAAUGAGUAUUCAUGCUUAUUUAAUGCCGUGAUAUUUAAACUAUUAAUUUUAGAUUUUGCAUAUUUUAUCAUAUAUUGGUUUGGCAAUGUUUUAAAUAUUUUCCUGCUAUGUUCCAGAGACUUAGUUUUUGAUAAACUUAACACAUAUUGUUAGUUGACAGUGUGUGAGUAAACCCCACAAUGGGCUGGAUUUCCAUCCAUAGUUAGUUACUACUACUGCCCAGUUCAGCUGGGAUAGACCCCAGCUCUCCACAACUCUGAUCUGGAUAUGUGUGUUAAAAAAAUGGAUGUAUGGAGAGGACAAAAGGAAAAUUUAUUUAUUAAAUGCAUUCAUAAUAUAGGCACAGUUCAACUGAAAUGUGUUACCUUACGAAAGCUGCAAUGGUUCAUGAAUUUAUCAUCAUGAGCAUUUUAUAAUUAUUAAACUGAACUUAAAUUAAUGCACAAAAAACUAAUAAAACCUAUUCCCUUGACUUCUUGAAAGAUUAACAAAUGUUCAGUAAAAAUAUUUUAGAAUGUGCUGCAAUAGUGUGUAUGUGUUUCCUACUUGGUUUCUGCAGUACCCUUAGAAGCCAGUUUUGUACAGGUUAUUUUAUGUACUUAUUUAUUUAAUGUUACAUUUGUUUUAAUAUGUUUUAUUUUGAAUAAA